UUCAUUUUGUUCAAACAUUCAAAGUUCUUCUUCGCUGUCGAGAAGAGGUGCGUGCGCGUUUCGAAACCGAACACUUCCUUCUUGCAUUGAGGGAAGCAAAAAAAAAAAAAAACAAAAAAAUACCCCCGGACCGCGGAGCAAAAGGGAGAAAACAAAACGUGAGAUGUCCACCGUAAGAGGUUAGCUCGUGCAAAUGCUGCAAACCAGAUAGUAGGCAUGGAUUUUUACAAAACCGCGCUGUAUAGUUUGCUGAAAAGAAACAAAAUGUAAAUGGUGCUAUUAUAGUUUAGCUACACCGUGCUAAUAACCCCGUGAAGCAUAAUUAUCAUCGAGCGAAAGCACGUUGCUGAGUAUAGUGUUUCGUGCAAUUGUAGUGAAGUUCUGCACGAGAAGAAAAGAGCACAAGUGAAAGUGUUUUAUAAAUGAUAAACCUGUGCUUUACAUACAGUGCAAAAGCUUGAGUGAGUGUGUUUGUGUGUGUGUGUGUGUGUGUGUGUGUGUGUAUGUAUGGUGCGUUUUCAUAUUGUGCGUAUCAAAUGCAGCGCAGGUGUGUUGCAGCAAGCCGGGUGAUUUGCAUAAGUGUGUAAAUUAUCUCGCCUAUGCCUCCGUGUCUGCACUGUGGCAGGGUGUGUAACUCGUGUGCGCUGCUUAAAAGCUCGGGCUUCGUUCGCUCCGGUAUGCUAGCAUGAAUGAAAAGGCGAACCGGUGCCAUACAGCUGUUGCGGAACAGAUGUAAAGCGGGAAAAAUUAACACGUGUCCAAACUGCAAACUUGCAACGCUGGUUCAGUCCGCUCCCGAAAGCAGCAACCUGGUGCAAAAGAAGAGGUGCUGUCCGAACGGCGAGGUGUUGAGCAUUAUUACGCGUAGCAUAAUUUAUUAAUGGUGCUGACGAUGCAAUAAACAAAAAAAGCAACCGCUAAGCAAUGCACAGUAGAAAGAGAAUGAAACAAAUGUUCCUGCCGCAGUAUCAGCGUUUGCGGGGCGUUUAAAGAGUUUUGCUGGAUAAAGAGUCUUUAGAGAGGGUUGAUAUGUGUAUGUGUUGCCCCUUCAGUCGUCGUUUCUAACCAUGAACGAACCGAUUCGCUGUUAAACAUAUCACGCAUCGCGCGAACCGGGUGCGCUAUGUUCGUUUGCUAAAAAUCGGGCAAGAUCGGUUGCUUCUCUAUCCGCACCAUUCACUUUGCCAUUGCACGGUCCCCACCACACGUGUACGUGUGAGGGUGUGUGUGUGUGUUUGUGUUUGUGCGUUGAGUAAGCGGAGCCGAACGCACCGGGGUUUAGCAAAAGCAGUCAAGGUGGCCGCGUCGAAGAGAUCCCGCGGGACCUCGGCGUCCGAAGGUCGCCUUGCGCCGCCGGCCGCAUCGACGGACAGUGUCGGCGGUGGGCAUACCGCUGCAACGAGCAAUACCACCGCCACCACCGUUGCCACCUCGUCCUCGUCCGGCGGCCCGACCAUCGAUCCUUCCACCGCCAGCCUACGGUCGUCGAGUUCGCGCCAGGGUUCGGUCGAUGGCGUGAUGCAACGAUGCGGCCUCUGCUCCAUCAUCUCGAGCCUGCUGCGGCGCGCCAUGUGCGUCGGGUCGCGGCGUGGUAGCGGCGAGUCCUACUACCAGGAGCUAGCGGAAACAAAUGUACGUCAAUGUGUUAAAUACAAUGAAUCUUCAACCAUCGCGGACGUCGCCACGGUGGAAACGACGGACAGCUCGAGCUACAAACGACUGAUAUCAACCACAUCCAGUAACGCCCCAACGGCAGCGGCUACGACGACGAUCGUGGCACUGCAGACGCCCACCGCGACCACCCCAACCGUAAUGCUGCUGCACGGUGACGACGAGAUGGAGGAGGACGAUGCGCGGCGGGCACUGAACGGUGCGACCGUGCGACGAAUCUCCGAACAGGACCGGCCCCUGUUCGAGGCACUGAUGGCGGAGGAGCGCGGCGAGCUGCCCCGGCGGCGGCACGCCUGUACCGGCCGCUUCCUCACCAUGCACAAGCGCCGCAGGAAGAAGCUGCUGACGCGCAGCCUCGCCCUCGAUCAGGCCAUCCUGGACGACGUGCUGCACGGUCAGGUGCAGUGCAUUCUCGAUCGCGUCAACCACUGGCGCUUCAAUGCGUUUACGCUCGAGACGGUCACUGGUGGACGCUCACUGCCGGUAUUAUGUGUUCAUCUGUUCCACUGGUACGGGCUGCUGGACCACUUCAACCUAGACGUAGUUAGAGUAUGGAAAUUGUUUAGCUUAAUCGAGGAGGGCUACCACAGCACGAACCCGUACCACAACUCGAUACACGCGACGGACGUCACGCAGGCGAUGCACUGCUUCCUGCAGGAGAAGCGCAUUCUGGAGAAUCUGAGCCCGCUCGAAAUCAUGGCCUCGCUGAUCGGUGCCGUCACGCACGAUCUCGACCAUCCGGGCGUGAACCAGCCGUUCCUGAUAGCGACCUCCAACCAUCUGGCGGCGCUGUACGAGAACACGUCCGUGCUGGAGAACCAUCACUGGCGGUCGGCCAUCGGCUGCCUGCUGGAGAGCGGCGUCGCGGAACAGGUGCAGGACAUACGGCCCGAGCUGGAGCGGCAGAUCAGCUCGCUCAUACUGGCGACGGACAUUACGCGGCAGCAGGAGUUUAUCGGCCGGUUCCGGGACUACCUGAGCCGGGAUGCGCUGGACAUGCGCGACACCACCCACCGCCACUUCAUCCUGCAGAUAUCGCUCAAGUGUGCGGACAUCUCGAACCCGUGCCGCCCGUGGGACAUCAGCAAGAAGUGGAGCACCAAGGUGUGCGAGGAGUUCUUCCGGCAGGGCGACUACGAGCGGCAGCUCAACCUGCCGGUGACGUCCCUGUGCGACCGGCAGUCGACGACGGUGCCGAAGAUACAGACCGGGUUCUUCAAGUUCGUCGUCACGCCGCUGAUGGACGAGUGGCACCGGUUUCUCCGCACCGAUCUGUCCCACUCGAUGAUGCACCAUCUGAAGUACAAUCAGACGCAGUGGGAGAGCAAGCUGCAGGCGGAGAUCAACGAGGAGACGCGCACGGAAAUCUCGGACGCCGAGCUGCUGGACGAGGAAGACAUUGACGGUGGCGAGGAGGAUGGUGCCGGUGAGGAUGAGGCGGACGAUUCGCAUCAUCUCGAUCUGUCCGACAGUUCGGAGGUGCUGCUACCGCUGGCGAUGGCCAAGCUUGGCCGAAGAAGCUCACUGCAGGUGGCCGGUUCGGCAAACCAUGGCUUUGCGGGACGGAUGCGCAACGAGCGUCGACUCUCCGUGCCCGCGACCCACUGCAUCCCGAAGAUUAUCCUACCGGCGAAGGAACCCUCGAGCGGUGGCCGUUCCGGCGGUGGUUCUGGAACCGGCGAGUUCACCCUGCAGCCGCCGGAAUCGAUCCAAGAGAGCGAUGAGCACCGGUUCGAUGCGGACUCGCUGUCCAUCUUCUCCUCCGACAGUGACAGCUUGCACCGGGGAGCGCGCGGCUCCUCGACCGGCAGCACCGCCGACCGGGAGCGACCGCUCAGUGCAGAAAAUCUGCUGCCCGACUGCAGCAUCGCCUCGAUGACGGACGGUGCCUGCGGCGAUCGGCUCAAUCUCGUGCUGCACGGUGCGGUCAGCGUGGGCAACACGGCCAACCUGCUCACGGUCGGCACGUCCAAGCAUCUGAUCCGGCAGCAAACCUUCCCGCCGCUGCAACCGUACGUCCGGACGCGCUACAUGUCGUCGCAGGCCGAGCUGGGCGCCUGCCCGGAGGCACUGCUCGAAUCGCACUCGUCUAGCUCGAACAGCAGCGGAUCGACGAACGCAGCAGCGGCGUCGGCCGCCCUAUCUAACGUCGAAUCUCGUGGCCGCGUACUGGCGACCAGAAAGGAUAGCAUCAAGCGGGAGCAGCAACCGGACGGGGCCGGUUCGUCCCAGGCGGACGGGACGGGCAAGAUCAAGGUGCCGAAGCUGUCCCUCGGCCAGAAGGAGAACCUCGACCCGUCGAUGCUAAAGCGCAGCCUGAGCAGGCGGCGCGGAUCCGCCCCGGUCACGGUGGCGCUGCCCACGAAGGCGAGCGAAACGGCGGGUGGGACUGCGAGCGGCGUUGGCAUCGUCGGCGAGAUUGGCAAAUCGUUCAUCAUCAAAACGUGCGAUCUGAUGCGGCGAGGUUCGAUGCCGGUUGACGCUCUCAUGCACUCCAAGGAUCUUCCUGCGUCGCACAGUGCGGCUGGCAGUGCCACCGCUGGUGCGGCCGGUGCCGUACCGUCCAACGCAGCACAGCUACCGAACAGUCUCGUGGCACCACCGUACCCCGGCAUGCAGCGGCGUGGGUCCGUGCCGUGCGAAAGCACCAACAAUGUGGCGCUCCGGAGCAGCUUCAGCAUCAAGCGGCGCAGCACGAAGAAAGCGAUCCGCCGGCGGUCGUCCGGCGGGGCGGAAAUUCUCAGCCCCAUUCUGUCGGAGGAUGCGGCCGGUGGUGGCAGUAACGGUGCGGGUUCGUCGUCGUCGUCGUCCAACGCGUGGUACCGGAUCAAGCGCGAUUCGGGCCACCGGCGUGCGGGCGACAACGAGAGUCUGCUGUCCCGGCGGCGAGGUUCCCUGCCGGUCGAGGUCCUCGCGAUCGGUUACUCCGGUACUCUGCGUCACUAGAAGAGUGUAGAGGAAUGUUGGAAUUUCCACCCCACAAACCAUCACAUUGUCGUUUGCCAUUUCCAUCAUUCCAAUCAUGUCCAACCGUCGAUGCAAACCCGCCAAUCGCGGCGCUAAACCGUAGCGAUCUAAUGCAAACGAAAACGACGCUACGAUAAGGCUGUCCCGGCACAGGGGAAAGGUCAAAAUAUCAUUCUCCAGUGGUGAAAAUUUCUUGGGGGAAGAAACAUUGGAAAAGAGAAGAAGAUGUAGAAAAAAUGGAAAACAGAAAUAACAACAAAAACAACAAAAAACAACCCUUUUUGCUCAUUCCUACCACCGAUGCUUCCCGCCUAUAGUCGAGUUAUAGAGUGUACACGGAACUGAACAACUACACAAAGCAAGAUGAAUGAAAAGAGAGAAGCAAAAAGUAGACAAGACAACAACAACAACAACAAAAACACACACAAACAAAAAUCAUGCAUUAUGGAUAAGAAUACAAGAACUGAUCAGUUUCAAUGAGAACAAAACAAAAUUGAAUAAACCUUAGCAAUGUGUGUGCGUAUCAUUAGGAAAUCGAAGAAGAAGAAUAAGAAGAAGAAAAAAAACACUUGGAAAAAAGAAAGGAGAAGAAAUCCCAUCUUUGUCCCGAUUUGUUGUGUGUUUUCUGUGGAGGGGGUAUAAGAGAAUCAGAAGAAAAAAUAAUCAAAGCUAUAUCGAAACACACUAGAAAGAUCGGAAAAAAAAAAUCCAAAUAAAUCUGUGAGUGGUAGCAUAUUUAAAUUGACUAAACAACAAUCGUUGAUAAGUGUGCGUAAGUGUGUGCAUUGGUGUUGUAGCAAUUGUAGAACGUAAUGUUAAGAAAGAGAGCGUAAGCGACAUAAAAGGAAAGAGAGAGAGAGAGAGAA